AUGACCGCCUGCACCCUCCUCGCGGGUGGGCUUCGGGACCCCGGACUCUGCGCCCCCACGCGGUGGGCUCCGUCUCCGCCCAGCCUUCCCCCGAUCCCGCCCCGGCCCUGGCCUCGGGUGAGGCCACUGCUGCUGCUGCUGCUGCUCCUGCCGCGCUCCGUCCUCUCCGCCGUGUUCACAGUGGGGGUGCUGGGCCCCUGGGCCUGCGACCCCAUCUUCGCGCGUGCCCGCCCGGACCUGGCCGCCCGCCUGGCCGCCUCCCGCCUGAACCAGGCGGCUGCCCUGGAGGGCGGCCCCCGCUUCGAGGUCGCGCUGCUGCCCGAGCCGUGCCGGACGCCGGGCUCGCUGGGGGCUGUGUCCUCGGCUCUCACCCGCGUCUCGGGUCUCGUGGGGCCGGUGAACCCUGGAGCUUGCCGGCCGGCGGAAUUACUAGCCCAGGAGGCGGGGGUCGCUCUGGUGCCCUGGGGCUGCCCCGGGACGCGGGCGGCGGGCACCACGGCUCCAGUGGUGACGCCCGCGGCCGAUGCCCUCUACGCCCUCCUGCGCGCUUUCCGCUGGGCGCACGUGGCCUUGGUCACCGCCCCCCAGGACCUGUGGGUGGAGGCGGGACGCGCACUUUCCACGGCGCUCAGGGCCAGGGGACUGCCCGUGGCCCUGGUGACCUCCAUGGAGCCCUCCGACCUGUCUGGAGCCCGGGAGGCCUUGAGGAGGGUCCAAGAUGGGCCUAGAGUCAGAGCAGUGAUCAUGGUAAUGCACUCGGUCUUGCUGGGCGGCGAGGAGCAGCGCUGCCUGCUGGAGGCUGCAGAGGAACUGGGCCUGGCCGACGGUUCCCUGGUCUUCCUGCCCUUCGACACGCUCCACUACGCCCUGUCUCCAGGCCCUGACGCCCUGGCGGUGCUCGCCAACAGCUCACAGCUUCGCAAGGCCCAUGAUGCGGUACUCACCCUCACCCGUCACUGUCCCCUGGGAGGCAGCGUGCGGGACAGCCUGCGCAGGGCCCAAGAGCACCGGGAGCUGCCCCCGGACCUCAAUCUGCAGCAGGUAUCCCCUCUCUUCGGCACCAUCUAUGACUCAGUCUUCUUGUUGGCUGGGGGCGUUGUGCGAGCACGGGCGGCCGCAGGUGGUGGCUGGGUGUCCGGAGCGGCGGUGGCCCGCCAUAUCCAGGAUGCCCGGGUCCCUGGCUUCUGUGGGGCCCUGGGAGGAGCCGAAGAGCCCUCAUUUGUGCUACUGGACACAGAUGCCACGGGGGACCAGCUGUUUGCCACAUACGUUCUGGACCCUACCCAGGGCUUCUUCCACUCCGCUGGAACCCCAGUGCAUUUUCCUAAAGGUGGACGGGGGCCUGGGCCCGACCCCUCGUGUUGGUUCGACCCAGACACCAUCUGCAACGGAGGAGUGGAGCCCAGCAUCGUCUUUAUCGGCUUCCUCCUGGUGGUUGGGAUGGGGCUGGCUGGGGCCUUCCUGGCCCAUUAUUGUAGGCACCGGCUGCUUCACAUCCAAAUGGUCUCCGGCCCCAAUAAGAUCAUCCUGACUCUGGACGACAUCACCUUCCUCCACCCGCAUGGGGGCAACUCUCGAAAGGUGGCCCAGGGGAGUCGAACCAGUCUGGCUGCCCGCAGCACAUCAGAUGUUCGCAGCAUCCACAGCCAGCUCCCGGAUUACACCAACAUUGGCCUCUACGAGGGAGACUGGGUUUGGCUGAAGAAAUUCCCAGGAGAUCGGCACAUAGCUAUCCGCCCAGCAACCAAGAUGGCCUUCUCCAAGAUCCGGGAACUCCGGCAUGAAAAUGUGGCCCUCUACCUGGGGCUCUUCCUGGCGGGAGGAGCUGGCGGCCCCGCGGCCCCCGGGGAAGGCGUGCUGGCCGUGGUCUCGGAGCACUGUGCCCGUGGCUCCCUACAAGACCUCCUCUCCCAGAGAGACAUAAAGCUGGACUGGAUGUUCAAGUCCUCCCUCCUCCUGGACCUCAUCAAGGGAAUAAGGUAUCUGCACCAUCGAGGGGUGGCCCACGGGCGGCUGAAGUCACGGAACUGCGUGGUGGACGGGAGGUUCGUGCUUAAAGUCACCGACCAUGGUCAUGGGCGACUGCUGGAGGCGCAGAGGGUGUUACCGGAGUCACCGAGCGCGGAGGACCAGCUAUGGACAGCCCCGGAGCUACUUCGAGACCCAGUCCUGGAGCGCCGGGGAACGCUGGCCGGCGACGUCUUCAGUCUGGGCAUCAUCAUGCAGGAGGUCGUGUGCCGCAGCGCCCCCUACGCCAUGCUGGAGCUCACUCCCGAGGAAGUGGUGAAGAGGGUACAGAGGCCCCCUCCACUGUGUCGGCCCUCCGUGUCCAUAGACCAGGCGCCCAUGGAGUGCAUCCAGCUGAUGAAACAGUGCUGGGCAGAGCAGCCAGAACUUCGGCCCUCCAUGGACCGCACCUUUGAACUGUUCAAGAGCAUCAACAAGGGCCGGAAGAUGAACAUCAUUGACUCGAUGCUGCGGAUGCUGGAACAGUACUCCAGUAACCUGGAGGACCUGAUCCGGGAGCGCACAGAGGAGCUGGAGCUGGAAAAGCAGAAGACAGACCGGCUGCUCACACAGAUGCUGCCUCCGUCUGUGGCGGAGGCGCUGAAGAUGGGGACACCUGUGGAGCCCGAGUAUUUCGAAGAGGUGACACUGUACUUCAGUGACAUUGUGGGUUUCACCACCAUCUCAGCCAUGAGUGAGCCCAUCGAAGUGGUAGACCUACUCAAUGACCUCUACACGCUCUUCGAUGCCAUCAUCGGUUCCCAUGAUGUCUACAAGGUGGAGACAAUUGGGGACGCCUACAUGGUGGCCUCCGGGCUGCCCCAGAGGAACGGGCACCGGCACGCGGCAGAGAUCGCCAACAUGGCUCUGGACAUCCUCAGCGCCGUGGGCACCUUCCGCAUGCGCCACAUGCCGGAAGUGCCCGUGCGCAUCCGCAUUGGCCUGCACUCGGGCCCUUGCGUGGCGGGCGUGGUGGGCCUCACCAUGCCCCGGUACUGCCUGUUUGGGGACACGGUCAACACUGCCUCGCGCAUGGAGUCCACCGGGCUGCCUUACCGCAUCCACGUGAACAAGAGCACCGUGCAGAUCCUCUCCGCCCUAGACGAGGGCUUCCUGACUGAGGUGCGGGGCCGCACGGAGCUGAAGGGCAAGGGCGCAGAGGAAACGUACUGGCUGGUGGGCAGACGCGGCUUCAACAAACCCAUCCCCAAACCACCGGACCUGCAACCCGGGGCCAGCAACCACGGCAUCAGCCUGCACGAGAUCCCCCCUGAUAGGCGCCAGAAGCUGGAGAAGGCGAGGCCAGGCCAGUUUUCUGGGAAGUGA